AAAACCUAACCGCUCUAUGUCUAUGCAUAAUCAAGUAGAAAUUCAUUUUGUUGGUUUCAAAAACCUAUGUAAGACAUAUCAUUUUUUUUAGAAAAACGAAAUGGAAAUCAAUUGAGAGAGAUAGCUGAGGAUGACUCUGGGAAGAGUUUGGCUGUGGUGUGUCCUUCUUGUGAGACUAUUCGUGGUUACAGCACGCUGUGGAGACGGGUACUGCAAGUGUUCAAAGGUACGAAAGAGAGCAACAUGUACCUCCAGACACAAAGAACUGAACUACAUCCCCGCCCUUCCUCCUUAUAUCAAACAGCUAACUUACAGGGACAACUACCUACCACAUCUCAACCGGAACAUGGUCCGCAAUUUGACUAAAAUAAAGCUCGAGCAGCUUUAUCUGAAUGAUAAUGGGAUUUUUAAGAUAGAUCCAGAUACGUUCCAAGACUUGAACAGUCUAGUGAAACUUGACAUCUCUCGUGAGAGCUUGCUGGAAAGCAAAUUGGUUGCAAAAGCUCUUUAUCAUAUUAGUCGUUCCUUUGAGAGACUGACUCUGCAGCAUAACAGAUGGGACACCAUUUCUUUAAAUAUGUUCGAUGGACUUGAAGAUUCUAACAUUUCAUAUAUAGAUUUAUCCCAUAAUAACUUGCAUUCAUUCAACGGCACACAGGCUUUCCGACUCAUUCCUAACGUCAAAACCUUAAUUUUGAAUAACAACCCCAUAUCUCACAGUGAUUUUGACUUUCACAACAUGGAAUACAUGUUUAAAUUAAGUUUGGAAAAUACCUACCUACAGCAGGUCCCUACUUUCUGUGAUGACAAGGGAGGCAGUUUUUUACCUCGUUUACGGUCUCUUCACUUGGGCCACACUUCUUUGAGAUCAGUCGCCAGGGAAGAUUUUAUAUGCUUGCCAUUCCUUUGGAAAUUAUCUCUUUUAUUUGCAGACAUAACAGUCAUCCCAAACAAUACUUUUGCUGCCAUGCCCGUGUUGAAAACCCUCAUACUAGAAAGUGACAUCAGACUUAGGCGGCUCGGAUAUCUCGCCUUAAACUCGACUUCCUUGAAGAAACUGCAAUUUGGUUAUACAAAAUUUAAGUUUGACGACAAAGGAAGAUAUAACAAUGAUUUGUUCAAAUUUGCACCAAACAUCAGAGAUCUAGAUCUUACUAGCAAUUCGAUUCCAACGGGAUCAAUUUUAAAAACACUUCUGUGGCACCUAGUUAAUCUUGAAAAACUAAACCUCCAGGGCUGUGGACUGAAUUAUCUUGCACGUGGAACGUUCGACAGGAUGGAAAGAAUUAGUAUAAUUAUCAUGAAAGGUAACAAUUUGUAUGGAUGGGAUCCGGCCAUGUUUAACAAGCUGACACAUCUUCAAAAACUGUACAUUUCUGGAAACAGCAUCGCCGUGGUCAAUAGCUCCUCUCUGGAGUUCACACGAAAAAUAAGACUACGGGAGAUCGACUUGUCCAACAACCCGUUUUCUUGUUCCUGUCAACUUCUCUGGUUCCGGGACUGGCUAAAAUCUACCAAAAAUGUAACAGUGGCGCUAUAUCCCAAGCGAUAUGUCUGUAGAUCACCCCCUGCCUGGAACAAGAAGCUACUGGAAUCUUUCAAUUAUACCGCCGAAGAUUGUAGAGAGAAAAACCCUUGGAUAUGGAUCGGCAGUAUUCUUGGCUCGGGCUUUUUUCUAUGCAUUGUGGUAAUCAUACUUAUAUAUUGGCAUCUUCCUACUAUUAGGAAUAUCAUAUACCUGAUUCGGUUACGUAGGAAAGGCUACGUAAGAUUGGUCAACUCGUCUGAAUAUCUGUUCGACUGCUACAUCGUAAGCUGUGAAUCUGACGAGAGUUGGGUGUUCCAGACGUUGGCACCUAAACUGGAGGAAGAGCUUUACUAUAGUCUGUGUAUACCUUCGCGAGAUUUCGAUCUGGGAGGCAGCAUUGCUGACCAGAUCAUUGAGAAAAUGCAGGAAAGCAAGAAAAUUAUCGUGGUGAUGUCCAACGAGUUUGCGCAGGAUGAAUGGUGUCAGUUCGAGGUCGCAAGAGCACAGGAGCGGAUCCGCAAUCAGGGGCCGGAGGCGGUAGUGAUUAUCAUGUUGCGUGAUAUUGAUAACAAACAUAUGACAUCAACCAUCAAAGAACUGCUACGUAAAAAUUCUUAUGCAACGUACGUAACUGGUAAAAUUGUGAUACAACUAUUCUGGAACAUCGUCUUGGCAGCUAUAGAGAAGCCCUUUGGAAAUCCACCUGUUGCCGUUUUAUGACAAAGGCGUAUUCAGAAAAUUGAUUUCUUUCAGAUAUAUACUUUUUAAUGCAUGCUGUGAAUUUUUUUUUUUAAAUGAAUUUUUCUAUUUAUAUUUUUUUCAAAUCUUAGAAUGUUCUUAAGGUUUUGACAAAGGUCAAGAUGUCCAUUAUUUUUACAAUAGCUCCAAAUCUAUGCGAGGUAUAAAGUUAAAACUUUUACAGUUUAUAAAUACAUCAUUGAUUAACAGAUGGAAAGUAUCACUUGAAAACAAAUAUUUAAAAAAUAUAAUAUAUUAUAUAUAUUGGAUUAUUUUUUUAAAACGGUGCACCUGCUUAAUUCCACAGUACUUUUAGUAAAAACCAUCAUUGCAGAAAUGAUGUAAGUUUAUUAAAGAAGGGCAAGUUAGACGUGAUUGGUCUCUGAAAGGCUGCUACUGAAAGCAUGACAUGUAUAAAGACAAGACCCCUGUAGAAUCCGCCAUUUGCAAUGUACUUUCAGUUUCAAAUCUUAACAUUUUGACAAAAUAAUCAAGGAUAUUACCCUCGUGUCUUUUCAGAGGCUAUCGUAGUCCAACUUGCCCUUCUUUGAUAAAUGUAAUAUACUGUUUCUGCAAUGAUGGCUUUCUCUAAAAGUACUGAAUUAAGUUUAUUUGUUAAAAAUAUAUGCAUUUAAAA